AUGAUGAUCACUGCAAUGAACAAUGACAAGAAUGCUAAAACCGCGAUGACUCCGAAUCCAGAAAUGGAUUCGGAUUCAUCGUGGAUUGAAAAAUGGAUGGAUAUGAAUGGAAUAUUCGAUCCAAACUGUGAUCAUUUAGCCUCAGAUAUUGAUUUACCUCUUCUUUGUGAGGUGAAUGUCGCUGACAGAAUCAAUAACAAUGCUAGCAAUAACAGCGCCAACAAUACGGAUAGUAACGAUAAGAAUGAUGAUUAUCAUGAUGAUAGUAAUGCUGAUCAGAUAAUUCCAACUAAUACAGUAUAUUCUCAAAUAUCACAUGGAUCACCACAACAGACGAAUUUGAUGACAAUGAUAAAUACACCUCCAUCAUCAAAUGAUACGAUCCAUAUGAAUUUUGAUCCACGUAACCAUAGCCCUUCAACAGUGCAAUGUUCACCUUCUUCAAUGGUUUGUUUACGGACAUGCUUAAUCGUUUUUUGUUUCUAUAAUUGUUGGCUUUCCAUCUGA